AUGGAAGCUAAUUACACGCUAAAUGUGUUUAUUUUAUGUAUUUUUAUUAUUACAAUCACAAUUCCGGCAACGGUGAGGGCCAACAUUGCGGAUUUCGACGCGCACUGGCAAGGUCGAGCAAAAGAAGCGAAGCAAGCCGCCAACGAAGCCUACAAUAAAAAUCCUGCACAAGUCACUGAAAGUUUCAACAAGGAAGUCCACGACACGUUUGAUGCCGCGAAUAAAACGAGAAGGAACUUGAAACAGAAGUACAAGGGUCCAUGCCUGGCUACAAACCCUAUUGAUCGUUGCUGGAGAUGUGACCCAAACUGGGAAACAAAUCGCAAGAAGCUCGCUGAUUGCGCCAAAGGAUUUGGGCACAAGACGACAGGAGGCAAGGCUGGAAAAAUCUAUGUGGUGACUGAUAACUCUGACAAUGACAUGGUGAACCCAAAACCAGGGACACUACGCCACGCUGUGAUACAAACUGGGCCACUUUGGAUCAUAUUCGCUCGAGACAUGAGAAUAAAGCUAAGAGAAGAGCUUAUGGUGACGAGUGACAAGACAAUUGACGCACGAGGUGCAAAUGUGCACAUUGAGGAUGGUGCACAAAUUACACUACAGUUUGUGAAGAAUGUGAUCAUCCAUAAUCUCCACAUUCAUGAUACCAAGCCAGGAAAUGGUGGCAUGAUUAGGGACUCGGUGAAUCACUAUGGACAACGCACACGCAGUGAUGGUGACGGUAUAUCAAUGUAUGGAGCCUCAAAUGUUUGGAUAGACCAUGUCUCCGGGUCAAAUUGCGCAGAUGGACUCGUUGAUGCCAUCCAGGGGUCUACAGCCAUCACCAUAUCCAACUGUCACUUCACCAAUCAUAAUGAUGUGAUGUUAUUUGGUUCAAGUGAUAGCAACUCUCAGGAUGAAGUGAUGCAGAUAACUCUGGCUUUCAACCAUUUCGGUCAGGGGUUAAUUCAGCGUAUGCCAAGGUGCCGAUGGGGGUUUUUCCAUGUUGUAAACAAUGACUACACGCAUUGGAUUAUGUACGCUAUUGGUGGAAGCCAACAUCCUACCAUAAUUAGCCAGGGCAACCGGUUCAUUGCCCCGUCCAAUAAUGCCAGUAAAGAGGUGACGAAGAGGACAAGUGGAGCCGAGAAUGAGUGGAAAUCAUGGAAUUGGAGAUCAGAGAACGAUCUUAUGAUGAAUGGAGCAUUCUUUGUUGAAUCCGGAAGCCCAAUCAGGAAUCUCCCAAAGGCGGAUAUGAUCAAGGCAAAGCCUGGGACAUUUGUGACUAGGCUCACGCGCUUUGCAGGUCCUCUAAAAUGCAUUAAAGGGAAGCCAUGCUAGAGUAUAUGUUGAACAAACAUAACAAAUAUGCAUAUAAAUGUAUGAAUCUCAAACUGAACCCUGUUGAAAACCCAGAUGUUUUUGUAGCGGUAGACAGUGAAGAGUAAAUAGAGAAAACACUGUCCUCUUAUCGUGUUCUUGCGAGGGCUGGGGGUGGAAGAGAAAAAUAUAUGAUAGAUUUGUGAAGGUAACUAUGAGGUGUAUACACAGAAAUGUAAAUUUUGCAAUGGAUAAAUUUCUGAUUGCAGUUGAUUUAA